GAUUCGGAAUGACGACUUUAAGAUCCAGCUCACUGUAUUUUAAAGCAGUCAGACAUGUGGUAUGCAUAGUAGAGCAGGAGGGAAAGUGGCAGCAAAUUGGCAGAGGAAAACAGCACAUCUGGAUUGAUUUUCGGAGCGAUCCCACUCGGACGAGCUACCAAAUGGAGCCAGAAAUCCCAGGAACAACACCCUCAGCUUUUCCCACCAGUCUCGCAAAUCAUAGCCUGUGUCCUGAAUCAGAGGCAUGGGAUUGGUUGUACACCAUGCAGCCAGUAUACAUGUUUGUCAUCUGUGUGCUAGGAAUCCUGGGAAAUGUCUUUGUCCUGCUAGUAUUUUGCCUGCACAAGAAAGCCUGCUCUGUGGCAGAGAUAUACCUGGGUAACCUGGCUGCAGCUGACCUUCUUCUAUCAUCUUGCCUACCUUUCUGGGCCAUCAAUGUGGCCAGUGGUUUCAACUGGCAGUUUGGCUCACUGAUGUGUGGUUUGGUAAACACUGGCAUCAAAAUGAGCAUGUACUGCAGCGUCUACUUCCUGGUAAUGGUGAGCAUUGACCGCUAUCUGGCUCUGGUGUUUGCCCUGACUUAUGGCAGAAUGCGGCGGCCCUGGUAUGCUAAGCUGAGCUGCUUGGCUGUGUGGAUUCUGGGAAUCAUCCUGAGUGUCCCGACACUUACCUUCAGGAAGGUAAAGUUAAUCUCAGAGUACUCGGUAACUGCUUGCAUUCUGAGCUACCCCAGCUACACGGUGGAACUGGCCUGUGACAUUCUGCUUGUCCUGCUGGGCUUCAUCAUACCUGUCACUGUCAUUUCCUACUGCACAUGCAAGAUCAUACAAGCAUUACACUGGCAAGUAAUGGAAAGGUUCAAUUCAGUAAAUAAAGAGAGGAAAGCUACAGUGUUAGUGCUGGCUGUUCUUCUGGCAUUUCUGCUGUGUUGGGUUCCUUUUCACCUGGUAACCAUUUUAGAUAUCCUGAUGAGAACUGAGGUAUUAAGUGGGUGUGCACUAGAAAAUGCUCUGGAUAUCUGUAACCAAAUAUUCACAUAUUUGGCACUGAGCAACAGCGUACUCAAUCCAAUCCUCUAUGUGAUAGUUGGCAAAAACUUCAGAAAGAAAGUAAAGGAGCUCCAUUCAUCAACACGGAAAACAUUUGCAUGAUAAAAAAGCAAACAAUUUAAGUCACUGAACAGAUGAAAUAAGCUUUUGUUAUAAAAUAUAUAACCAAAGCCUGUGACCAAUGUCAUUUAUAUUUCUCAAAGAAAUAUCCUGAUGUUCAACAGCUUUUGUAUUUGUAUGUGUUAUCAAAAAUGUGUAUUAUUAUGUAUCAAAUGCAGUAGCAGCAAUACUACAUAAUAUAUAAGGAUCCAUACUAAUAUACUUACUAUCACGCUAGUUAAAACAUGACAGUAAUUAACACUGAGUGUUAGGGCAAUAUUCAGAUAUAUUUCAGUUUCAUAUGAGGAUUUCUUUAAUAGUUAAAAAUAAUUGUGUCAGUUCUAUAAUGUUUUCUGAAACAAUACAUAUACACUGAAUAAAUGUUUUGUUAAUUGAUUAAUAUAGUAGUUAUUGAUAGCUUGCUUAUGGAUUUAACUGUAUAAUAAUAAUAAUAAUAAUAAUGAAGAAAUUGUUUAUAUCUUAUUUAUCUUUACUCUGUAAAUGAGGAGUGUCAUAAAUAAAUUAUAUAUUAUGUGAUGUCUAGUGUGCUUAAAUAUGUAUUAUAUGUGGCAGGAUGUAAUCAUACACAACAAAGAGGUGACAAAUUGCAGUCCCUUGUUACUGUCACUGUUACCAAGGGAUGGGGGGGAUAAUAACUGUAAUAUAUUAACAAUAAAUAAUUACAGAUUACAACUGUUUUCAGAAUAUUAUAUUUUCAAAAUAUUUCGGUAAUGGUGUCCUAUGUAACCUACAGUGGCAAAAUCACACUGGUGUCUGAAACAGUUCCUAAGUGCCCUGGAGUGAAAAGUCUUCAAAGUGAUUUUCCAGAAAAUAAAGGGUGGGAUAAACUGAAUAAUGUGUCACAGUCUCGCCACUUCUGGAAAGAGUGGUGUGGCUUAUGUUUUUCCUAAGGCUGUUGCUGGUGAGACAUGCUGUCAAAGCAGAUGCCGGUGAGUAGAUCACCCACACAUAACCACAAGGACCAUGCUUAGCAAUAAACAAAGACUUUAUCAUCAGUUUGUGUGGGUGUGUACUGGUAGUCUAGAAGCAGCCUGGAAUAUGUUUCUUUGGUUUCAGUAAAGUGUAUGAUUUCUAAACACUGAUCUCAGUCUUGUAAUUAUAAUUUGAAAUAAUAUGCUACAGUUUUAUGCCUAGAAAUGCCAGUAGCAAUUUAAAAA